AUGCAGUUCAGCCUUGCCACUAUCGCGGCCGUCGCCGCCAUGGUCCCCUCCAUCUCGGCCCACUACUGCUUCAACAAGCUGAUUGUUGACGGCGCCGUCGUUGACUCUGAGCCCUACCAAUACGUCCGCCAGAACACCAACGCCAACUCGCCCGUCACCGACGUCAGCUCCGACGCCCUCCGCUGCAACGUCGGCGGCCUCGACAGCGGCAGCUCCACCAAGACCAAGGAGGUCGCCGCCGGCUCCGAGGUGGGCUUCGUCCUCGACACCGCCAUCGGCCACCCCGGCCCCCUCCAGGUCUACAUGUCCAAGGCCGACACCACCGCCGCCGCCUACGACGGCUCCGGCGACUGGUUCAAGGUCUACGAGAUGGGCCCCGGCGAGAUCACCGACGACGGCCUGCAGUGGCUCUCCAACGACAUCACCAACUUCACCUUCCCGCUGCCCGCCGAGACCCCCGCCGGCGAGUACCUCCUCCGCGUCGAGCACGUCGGCCUCCACGGCGCCUCCGAGGUCGCCGGCGCCCAGUUCUACAUCUCGUGCGCCCAGAUCAAGGUCACCGGCUCCGGCUCCGGCUCGCCCGCCCCCACGGUCAAGAUCCCCGGCGUCUACACCGGCGAGGAGCCCGGCCUGAAGAUCAACAUCUACUGGCCCAUCCCCACCAACUACACCAUGCCCGGCCCCGCCGUCUGGCCCGAGGGCUCCGGCGAAGCUUCUUCCAACAGUACCGGCGCCGUCGCCAGCUCCGCCAGCUCCGCCGCCUCGCAGGUCGCCCAGGCCGUCGCCGCCAGCACCCCCACCCUCCAGGUCAUCUCGACCCCGCUCGUCGUGCCCACCCCCGCCUUCACCCCGCUCUUCACUCCCCCCGCCGGCAACGGCGGCGGCGCCGCCGUCCCCACCCCCAUCUCCACCCCCAGCACCGGCACCGGCAGCUCCGUCCAGAAGUACGGCCAGUGCGGCGGCUCCAACUACAAGGGCAGCACCGGGUGCGCGUCCGGCCUGAGCUGCAAGGCCUGGAACGACUACUACAGCCAAUGCGUGUAA